UCUGAGUCAGUGAUGAUCAGACAUCAACAAUUGCACAUGACGACAUCGAACGCAUGAACAUGGCGGAUCCGAGUGCAAAACAAAGCGUCCAAAAAAGUGUGAAGAUCGCUGCGGGUGCUGUGGUGUGUGUGGAGAGUGAGAUCAGAGGAGAUGUCACAAUCGGACCAAGAACUGUUGUUCACCCGAAAGCUCGGAUCAUUGCGGAGGCUGGACCCAUCGUGAUCGGAGAGGGAAAUCUAAUCGAAGAGCAAGCAUUGAUCAUUAACAGCUAUCCUGAGAACAUUCUGCCCGACAGUGACUGUGUGGAACCCAAAGUCAUGACCGUCGGCAUCAAUAACGUCUUUGAAGUUGGCUGUGUAUCUCAGGCUUUGAAAAUUGGGGAUAACAAUGUUAUCGAAUCAAAAGCUGAAGUAGGCAGGAACGUGAUGCUGACUAGCGGCUGUAUCGUGGGUGCGUGUUGUCAGGUGAACACAUGUGAAGUGAUUCCAGAGAACACUGUGAUCUACGGCUCAGAGUGUCUGAGACGCGUGCAGACUGAAAGGCCGCAGCCUCAGACGCUGCAGCUGGAUUUCCUUAUGAAGAUUUUACCCAAUUAUCACCAUCUUAAGAAAACCGUGAAAGGAAAUUCCACUCCUGCCAGAAGUUGAGAGCGAAUUUACACAAAUACACAUGUAAUCUAUAAAUUUAACGAUUGAGCUUAUAGCUACUUUUCUUUGCAUUUGUUUGUAUGUUUUUGUUGAUUUGUGUUUGUUUGUUUGUUUGUUUGUUUGUUUGUUUGUUUGUUUUGGACUUGCAGUUUGGCUCGUAAUUUAUUCAUGACUGAAAUCACUUCAGAUCUCUAAUCUGCAACAUGUUUUUGUAGUUUAUGUAAAAUCUUCCUGCUAAACGUUUCUCCCACAAUAAAAUAAAUAUGUAAACAACUAAAACAUUCCAGUACAGAAUCAGUUUCUUUCAACUAAAUAUAACAGUACCUUAUGAGCUAAAUUUCAUGCAUUCUUGAGUGAGCAGUUUCAUUAAA